AUGGGUUGCUGUUUCAGCACAAACAAGACUCCAACCCCAAAACCCUCCUUCCUCAAUGUGGAAACCCAUGAGACUGUGAAGGAAGUGCUCUCAGAGACAGCAGCAGCAGCAGCAGCAGAAGUAGGAAUUAGCAAAUCUCCUCCUCCCCAACCAUUGGAAGAGGAGACUGUGAAGGAAGUGCUCUCAGAGACUCCAACCCCAAAACCCUCCUUCCUCAAUGUGGAAACCCAUGAGAUUCCUCCGCCCUCUUUCCUCAAGAUCCAAACAGAUAAGCAUUCUUCCCCUCCAACUCCUUCUCCUCCUCCUCCUCUUCCUCCUCAUCCUCAUCCCUCUUUUCCCAUUAAGGUUGAAGAAGCUAAGAUGGGGAGCAGAAAAACUUUACCUCCUGAUCCAGCAGUAGAAGAGAUCUCUGAAGUCUCGGACAUGUGUAGCUUGAGCGAGAGUGUGUCUACUACAACAAUUGGGGAAGGACGCAUUGACGAUGGUGAGGUCCGGCAGAGAGUAGACAGAUCUCCUGCUAAGAUCCCCAGGAAACGACCUGUCGGCGGGGAGUUCACCGGAAGGACAGAAAGAGGUGAAAAGACGUCUCCGGCGAGAAGAUUCGACCAGUCUCCUGGCAGGAGAAAUGACAACAAUGCCACCAUGAAACCAUCUCCGGUUCGUCAUCAUCACACAAGGGACAUGACUGGUACCGGUGGUGCUUAUACCAACAGACGACGCAGCCCAGGUAGUGAUGGCGGGGUGAGCCGAGAUCCAGGGGAGGGUUCGGCGAGGAGGUCGAGGUCUCCGGCGACACGGGCUGGUUUAGGCCGGAGCCCAUCAUCGAGGGCAGUAAGGUCACCAGCUCGGAUCCCUGCUUUGGGGCCGGAAAACGGACGAAAACCAGAGGAAUCAAGGGGAGACGAGGGGAAUUGGAAUUGGCCUGCGAACGAAUCCCUCGAGAACCCACUCGUCUCCUUGGAAUGCUUUAUCUUUUUGUAGAGAAAUACUAAAAAGAAUUAACAGAUUAGCAGUAUAUUAUCUAGGUUGUUUCCUUCUUUUGAAGCAGCCUUCUUUGUUUAUAAAUACUAUUAUCCAUUCCUGAAUCUUGAUACCAAUGGAAUUCAA